AUGGCUCGUGCCCCCGAUGUGAACCAUUUGCACAGUGUCAAAAUAGACAACAUCACGUGCACCUCAGAAAACUUUAUCAGGGCCAAGGAAGAGCUUCGAGAGAAGUUCGAGAAGUUUGGUGAGAUUGGUGAUGUGUACAUACCAAGAGAUAGGAACUUCGCCUUUGUGCGGUUUCGGGAAAAGCGUGAUGCGGAAGAUGCAGCCGAUGCAAUGGAUGGGAAAGAUAUCCUAGGGCAAGAAGUCAGAGUGUCAUUGUCUAUGCAGGCGAAGAAAGCCGCCGAGGAAUAUGCUGCGCAGGGAAGAAGGCGGCGAUCACGCUCUCGGCGCCGCAGGAGUGACUCGAGAUCUGAGUCCUACUCAGAGUCUUCAUCACGCUCAAGGGAUCGUCGGCGCAGAAGGCGGCGAGAUUCUGGGAGCCGAACACGUCGCCGCCGAUAG